AUAUCGUCUGCUAUAGCCGCACAGGAACCUGAAGGCUAGGUGUUUAUUCAUGCCCAAAAUGAUUAAAUAAAAACUUGUACGAAACAAAGCAAAAAUAUUGAAUUGGUGCUUUUCAUGUAAUUCUUUUAAAAAACAUGAGACUCGUGUUCUUGAAUAGAAUGAGAAGGCUUCGUUGUUUAAUCAUUCUUUUUGUUAUACUAAUACCCUGUUCCUUUAUUUUAUACCACCACCUGGUUAACAUCGAAGUUUCUAUUAAAACCAAUAAGGCUGACUUAGCAAAUAGCGCGAUAAAGAGCACAAGGGAAAAUUAUGAAGAAUCAAACCAAAUUAAAGUUUCUCGAAUAUUUUCUGAUUCCGAUACGCGCGUAUUGAUUGGAGGGUAUCGAAAAUAUAUGUUCAACCAUUUAAUAAGCUCUCGUUUAAAUAAAACAAGAGAAGUACCUGACACAAGAAACCCACUAUGUUCGGGAAAAAAUUAUUAUAAGCGUUCCUACGUCGAUGUAUCAAUUAUAGUUUGUUUCUACAAUGAAGAAUUUUAUGCUCUUACGCGGACCAUAAAUAGCAUAAUUCAUCGGAGUCCCAGUCUGAUACGAGAAAUUCUCUUAGUAGACGAUAGCAGCAACUUUCCUGAUUUACAGGAACGCCUAGACAAAUUUAUUCAUACAAAUUUCAAUAUAGUUAGAUUAAUUAGAUUAAAGAGACGCGAAGGCUUGAUAAGGUGUCGAAUCAAAGGGGCUGAUGAAGCCACUGGAACAGUUUUAGUGUUUUUGGACAGUCAUUGCGAAGUUAACAAGGGGUGGCUAGAACCACUAAUUGAUCAUGUUAUGCAAAAUGAAUCCAACAUAGCUGUCCCUGUCAUAGACAUUAUUGACGCUGAUACGCUACUGUAUAAAGCAUCUCCUUUAGUAAGAGGAGGAUUUUCAUGGCGAAUGAGCUUCAUUUGGGAUAACAUUCCUGCUUACUAUAUUAAAAGCGAUAAUGAUCAAAUUAAACCAAUAAGAUCCCCUACUAUGGCAGGCGGCUUAUUUGCCAUCCAAAGAAAAUACUUCAAUUAUUUAGGAAAAUAUGAUGAUAAAAUGAUAAUAUGGGGAGGAGAAAACUUAGAAAUAUCGUUUAGGACUUGGAUGUGUGGAGGUUCAAUUCAUAUAAUUCCAUGUUCAAGAAUAGGACACUUGUUCCGUUCCCGCAGACCAUACAGAUCCCCAAGGAAUUCUUUGUUAAAAAACUCGGUUCGGGUCGCUCAAGUAUGGCUAGAUGAAUACAAGCAAUAUUUUUUCAAUGUUGAACCAAAAGCCACAGCAAUAUUAAGUGACGUUGGUGACUUAGGCGAGCGAAUAAAUUUGAGAAAAAAUCUCAAAUGCAGAUCUUUCAAAUGGUUUUUGGAAAAUGUGUAUCCCGAAAAAUCUCUACCUAACUCUGGACGAGGGGAAUUUACUAAUUUUUUCACGCAGCCGUUAGAGACAUCUGCUGUGAAAUAUCAUGGAUACUUAAUGCACGUUGAGACGGGUGAGUACUGCAAUACACCUCAAGGAAAGUUUAAAAAGGGAAUCAAGAUGAUAUUACGCAAAUCUAGUGAUAUGAAAUGGAUCUCAAAUUUGAACUAUGAAGUUAAAGUAGAAGACAGCUCAUUUUGUGUCGAUGUGCAUUCAUCUUUUGACGAAGGACAUCAAUGGAUGCAACUUAGCCUCUGCCAUAAUUCACUUUCUUCGCAAACUUGGAUAUAUGAUAAUGCUAAGAAAUGGUUGUAUAAUAUGGCGUAUGGCAAAUGUGCAUCGAUUGCUGCAAGCGAAGAUAACAUAACAAGAUUACGACUAGAAAAAUGCGACGAAAAUAUAAAGAGGCAGCAGUUUGAAUUUACAUAA